AUGACGAGCGCAAGGCAAAUUUUUAUCCGACUUGAGAAAGAAAGCGACGUGCCGGCAAUAGAAGAAGUCACCUCAACCGCAUUUAUGAAUGCCGAGCACACAGACCACAACGAGCAAUUCAUUGUCCGUGGCCUCCGCGAAGCGAACCAUCUAUCAAUCUCGCUAGUCGCCGAAGACGAAGUCACACAUACUAUCGUUGGCCAUGCUGCAGUCUCACCUAUAAAUAUCUCGGCUGGCUGUGAAAAAUGGUACGGGCUAGGGCCAGUGUCCGUUUUACCUCAAUAUCAAAGAAAUGGCGUGGGGUCGUUGUUGGUAGAGCGCGCGUUGGCAAAUCUUCGGAGUCGCCAUACGGCCGGUUGUGUUGUAUUAGGAAACCCGAAAUACUACACACGUUUUGGUUUCAAGGCAGUUCCUUCUCUGCAACUACCUGGGGUGCCACUGGAAUAUUUUAUGGCUCUCACCUGGCGUAAGCCAACACCUACUGGGACUGUAUCAUAUCAUAAAGCUUUUGAGGCGUCGGCAUAG